CCCGCGGUGUCGCGGCGGCGCGGGCGGACGCUGCUCGUGCGGCACCUGCCCGCCGAGCUGGCGGCGGCCGAGAAGGAGGAUCUGCUGCGGCACUUCGGCGCCGUGGCCGUGCGCGUCCUCUCCGACCACGGGCGGCUGAAACAUACCGCUUUUGCGACGUUCCCCAGCGAGAAUGCGGCUGCCAAGGCCUUGUCAAGACUGCAUCAGCUGAAACUUUUAGGUCACACUUUAGUUGUUGAAUUUGCAAAGGAGCAGGACAGCAUGCAGGUACUAAGCCAGCCUUCCCCCUCAGAGAAAAGCUCAGAGGAGCCAGUAAAGGAAGAAGAGAAGAAAGAAUCAAGCUGUCUCAAAAUCGACGAUGGAAUUGCUCCCAGUCAUGGCCUCACCUUUCCCAUCAAUUCUUGCCUCAAAUAUUUGUAUCCACCACCUUCAAGUACAAUUCUAACAAAUAUAGCAAAUGCUUUGGCAAGCGUGCCCAAGUUCUAUGUACAGGUACUUCAUCUUAUGAAUAAAAUGAAUCUUCCUCCACCUUUUGGACCAAUUACCGCUCGCCCUCCCAUGUAUGAAGAGUAUUUACCAGUGCCUGUGCCGCCUCCUCCAAUACCACCUUUGCCCCCCGAGGAGCCGCCUUUGCCCGAAGAGGAAGAAGAGCAAGGAUCUAGCGGAGAGGAAUCAGAAUAUGAAAGUGAUAGUGAGGAAAAAGAGAGAAUGACCAAGUUGAUGGAAUUAGCAACCAUUCAGCCUAAAAGGCCGAUAAGCACGAAGAGGCGUGGAGUUAGGAAAAAACAAAGAAUUAAAGACCUGCUGAAUGCUCCUGUGUGUGCUGCCCCCAGUAAUUUGCACCCUACACUGUCACCUUCAGAUGUCUUUGAACAGCCUCAACCUGUAGGUCAUAAAAAAAUAGAAUUUCAUAUUACCACUGACAUCCCAUCUGUUCUUCAGAUAAAUUCAGAAAGAGAAGAAAAAAAUGAUCUUUGUGCAACCACAGAAGAAAUCAAUAAUGCAGGAUUUGGAAAGAUUUUCCCUGCGCCUACCUCAAAUGAUAAAAUGGAAACAGAAGAGGAGAAUGAUGAAAUACCAUCGGAAUUCAUUUCUAGAAGGGAACUAGAGAAAAACAGACUAUCUAGAGAAGAAAUGGAAAAAUACUCUGUUUUCAAAAACUAUGAGCCAGGGGAUCCAAAUUGCAGGAUAUAUGUGAAGAAUUUAGCUAAGCAAGUUCAAGAAAAGGAUCUCAAGUUCAUUUUUGGAAGAUAUGUUGACUUUGAGUCUGAAAUGGAACGAAAUAUGUUUGACAUACGUUUGAUGAAAGAAGGUCGUAUGAAGGGACAGGCUUUCAUCGGGCUACCUAAUGAAAAAGCAGCUGCUAAAGCUUUAAAAGAAGCAAAUGGAUAUGUGCUAUUUGAAAAGCCCAUGGUGGUUCAAUUUGCUCGUUCAGCUAGACCAAAACAGGAUUCCAAUGAAGGGAAAAGAAAAAAAUAGAGCACUGCAAAAGAAACAUUCCUGCGUAAAUACUGCAGUAAUACUGUCAUGCAGAGUGUAUCCUUUCUUGUUGUAUCCUUUUUUGUGCAAUGUUUCCCGUAGCACUUGACCUCUUCAGUUUUCUUUUAGAGUAGUUGUGGGGAGGAGUUUACACAUUUUAGAGCUGGAACUAACCUGGUAACUUUAAAAAGAAAGGGCAUUUCUUCAGGGGAAAUAAUUAAUGAGUUGUCUCUGUUGCUUGAAUAGACAUAACGAAGUUUCCUAGUCUCAAAAUGUGGCAUCUACAUUCUUCCUUGAACACUGUAAACUUUCUAAUUUGCGAUCUAAUUGUGAAGCUGUGCUGGUCUCACGCUGACAAUUUCGUCUUGUUUUUCUUUAAUGAAAUAUCUGAUGGUUAAAAAAAAAAAAUCAGAGCAGUCCAGGAAAUUCUUACAGUGUUGAGCUGUAUUUUAGAGCAUUUAAUGACUACUGUUGUCCUAGUUUAUGAAAAACAAUGUGUAGUUAAUUUACUUCGAACGCUUCUAAUUUUUUAGAAUAGAGAACAGAAAAUUUAACAGUGUCUCACAAUGAAGUCAUAGUCUGGGAAUGGAAUUAUUCAUUGCUACUUUUCU